GGCAGUAGCUCCUGGGCGCCGCGCGCAGAGCUCGGGAGCCGGGGAGCUGGCCGGGGAGCCGCGUCUCUGCGCACCGGCAGCCAGGCCCAUGGUGGUGCCGCUGAGCCGGGAUGAGGGCGCCCGCGCUGCUGCCGCCUGCGCUGCUGACCUGCUGCGGCUGGCUGCUCGCCCCCGUGAACAGCAUUCAUCCAGAAUGCCGAUUUCAUCUGGAAAUACAGGAGGAAGAAACAAGAUGUGCCGAGCUUCUAAGAGCUCCCACAGAAACCUACAAAGCCUGCAGCGGUGUCUGGGACAACAUCACAUGCUGGCGCCCCGCAGAUGUCGGAGAGACCGUCACAGUGCCCUGCCCCAAACUGUUCAGCAAUUUUUACAGCAAACCAGGGAACAUAAGCAAGAAUUGCACCCAUGACGGGUGGUCGGAGACAUUCCCAGAUUUCAUGGACGCCUGUGGCUAUAGCGACCCGGAGGACGAGAGCAAGAUCACGUUUUAUGUCCUCGUAAAGACCAUUUAUACCCUGGGCUACAGUGUCUCUCUGAUUUCCCUGACAACAGGAAGCAUCAUUCUCUGCCUCUUCAGGAGGCUGCACUGCACCCGGAACUACAUCCACCUGAACCUGUUCCUCUCCUUCAUCCUGCGCGCCGUCUCCGUCUUGGUCAAGGACGACGUUCUGUACUCCAGCUCGGGCACGCUGCACUGCCCCGACCAGCCGUCCUCCUGGGUGGGCUGCAAGCUGAGCCUGGUCUUCUUCCAGUACUGCAUCAUGGCCAACUUCUGCUGGCUCCUGGUGGAGGGGCUGUAUCUGCACACCCUCCUGGUGGCCAUCUUCUCCCCCAGCCGGCGCUUCGUGGCCUAUCUCCUGAUUGGAUGGGGGAUCCCCACUGUCUGCACGGGGGCGUGGACGGCAGCCCGGCUCUGGUUAGAAGACACAGGCUGCUGGGAUACCAAUGACCACAGUGUUCCCUGGUGGGUUAUACGCACACCAAUUUUAAUUUCUAUCAUAGUCAAUUUCGUCCUUUUUGUUAGUAUUAUACGGAUUUUACUACAGAAGUUGACAUCCCCAGAUGUUGGCGGGAAUGACCAGUCACAGUACAAGAGGCUCACCAAGUCCACCCUGCUGCUCAUCCCGCUGUUUGGAGUCCACUAUAUGGUGUUUGCCGUGUUUCCCAUCAAAAUCUCCUCCAAAUACCAGAUACUGUUCGAAUUGUGCAUCGGAUCCUUUCAGGGCCUGGUGGUGGCUGUUCUCUACUGCUUUCUCAACAGUGAAGUGCAGAGCGAGCUGAGGAGGAGGUGGCGAGGUCUGUGCCCCAGCCGACCCUCCGGCCGGGACUACAGGCUGCACAGCUCAUCCAUCUCAAGGAACGGCUCGGAGGGCGCCCUGCAGGUCCCCCGCGGCUCCCGUGCCCCAUCCUUCCUGCAGACGGAGACCUCGGUCAUCUAGCGGGGCCCCCCUCGCAGCAGCAGCCUGAGCCCCCUGCCAGGAGUGCCCAGGAUAAAUCAGCGCUGACCCCCCACCACCACCCCCUAGCUGGUCUGGGCUCAUCCCAGCCAUGGAACCGCGGGACCUUGAAACCCCCUGGGAUUCAAAGCUAAUGAUUGUUAAACUUCAGCAUUUAGGCCCUUUUGUUCCUAAUGUUUGGUUGUGUGGAUGGGCCUGUUUUCACAGAGGAUAUAGGAAAGACCAAAGCCCAGGACUGGGGUCCAGGAACUGCAGGAGAAAAUGGGGCAUUUCCUAAUCUCAGUGCUUGUUCUCAGAAGGUGCAGGCCUGAACUGGGGUGCAGGCCCGAACUGGGGUGCUGACCCUGAGUGAUGUGGUUGCCCCUCCCUCUGCAUGACCUGCAUAACGGGCCCCCACCCCCAGGUCCAAAGGGGCCGCUCUCCUGUGUGCAGGACACGUCCACGCCCACUGAGAGCUGCCAUGGAAUUCUCCUGCAAGCCCAGGUGGACCUCGCCCCCCCAGCACCCCCCCUGUGCCCCACCUGCCCCGGUCCUGCUCAGCCACCGUCCAGCUCUCCUCUCUGCUGCUGCACCAGUUCUCCAAGCCUUGAUGAUACUGGGCCCUCCUGAACAAUGAGGCCACAGAGCCUUCAUCCUGAGUCAUCAGAGACCUGGGCGGCAGUGCCAGUGACGGGGACAGCUGGCGCCAGGGAGUGGGGCACGGAGGGUAGGGCCAGGAUGAGGAAGCAGGCUGGAUGGCCAGCGAGAGGCUGCGAGGCUCGCCACCCUGCAGCAUCCUUUCGGUGUGGGCGUCCGCACCCCUGUGAAAGGAGCCUGGCCAAAGCGCAGCCAUGUCCAGAGACCAGCUGGAGAGCCAGCCCCCGGCUUCCUGGGGCCGUGAGGGCUCAGGUGUCAGAUGUGCACCCGAGAGGUCCAUCAGCCAGCGGGCACCAAGGCCUGAACUUGCCUGAUCAAGAGCAGAGGGGAGAGGGAAUUUCGCUCAGUCUGAGAAGAGGAGCUGGUGACCAAAGAGUCAACACAUGUCAUUUAAAAAUGCUGUAAACGUGUGUGGAAUGUCCCCAAGCCACCCUGCGUGACCUUGAAUAAAACGCAUUUCAUGUCUGUUCA